UGGAUACGACCUACAUAAUUAGGCUCAGCGGCCUUAUCCGCGAGGGAGCGCCGCGAUGACCAUACAUUUUACAAUGUACAAUUGAGUCGGAAAUCCGUUUGGUUGCAAAGAACCCGUCAUCAUUGACAGAGCCCUCAGGGGUCUUCCUCAUGCUCGUGUUUGUUCCUGAUACGAGGUCGGUCAUAAAAGGCCCAACUCGUGAACUGAUUUUCCAGUAUUCACAUUCACAUCCAAUUUACUUCACUCCACUUCACUAUCACUCAGUUCAUAAUGAGACUCGAAUGUCCUCGAUGCAGGGCUAGUGUUCCACAGGAGCUGUGGGCAGUUCAUCAAUGCCGAAACAGCAUGAUGGCACCUACGCCCAGUCAUCACGCUCCAUCGCAUCGACCGUACCUGCAUAAUGCUCAUAUGUCACAGCCACAGAACCAUCAUCCCCAACAUGCUGGGCAUUCACCAGCCGUCGUUCCGGCAUUCAACCCACCCUCGAUCGCACCGGGUUUCAGACACGGUCCAUCGGACUCAGACCCAUGGCGACGACAGCUCGGUAAAUUACGCGACAAGCUUCUUGGAAAAAUCGAGAAAUCCAGCGAGCUCGCAAAGGAAGACAAGCAAAUAUGCUGCGAAUACGUCAACAGUGUCAAAGUGUACCAAAAUUUGAUGGUCUACACCUAUGCACACCUGAAACGCUGCGCGAACAAUAGAUCGCUACUGAACGAGCUGCAACAGAAAGUCACAGAGUGGAGAAGUUGGUAUCACAAUGACCUUAUGGUAUUAACCCAGUAUCGGACCAUCAAGGAUGUUUUGAUGGGCCUCUUGGAUCGAACUGAGAAAGAUCGGUGCCCAGUACAUGUUUCAGUCAAGUUUACACCGAAACGCACCGUUCCUUAUGAUGAUGGGGAAGUGCUUCGUAUCCUCCUGGUUCUGUGCGGAAGAGAUUAUGAAAAUGAGUUCUACGGCCUUGCAGACAACCAAGCACAGAAUAUGGUCGAUCUGCUUGAAGACAUCCUGCGAGAUACUGCCAUUGAUCAUGCCACACAUGCACGGCUUUUGAGAUAUACCAUUCGACUAUCACGAAAAUCUGGUCGUUUGCCAUGCCAGUUGCUGUUGGAUGGAGUAGUGCCACAUCUGAUGCGUGUUGUUGGGGAGGGCGGUUUCGCAACUAUCUACACAGCAUCUUAUAAUCAUCAAGCUGUUGCCAUCAAGCGAUCGCACUACCGAGCCGUUGGCCAGUGUCGCAAAGACUUUGUGAGCGAGGCAGUGAUUUGGAGUCACUUGAAACACGACAACAUCGUGACAUUCAAAGGAGUCAUAGAACAAGACCAAAGGUUGUGGCUCGUUUCACCGUUCAUGUACAAUGGUAACGUGAGAUCGUACCUCGAGCAUACGGGCAGGGAACACUGCGAUCUUCGCCAUCUGGCAACAGGGGUUGCAAAAGGUCUCUCUUAUCUACACAGUCUCGAUCCGCCUAUCGUUCAUAGUGAUCUCAAGGGAUGCAAUGUCUUGGUCGACGAUCGAAAGAAUGCUUGCCUGGCCGACUUCGGAGUCUCGAUGUCUGAUGAUAGUCGUAAAAUACUGGAUUCUACCGACGUCGGCCGUCGACAAACGCUGCAGUGGACUGCACCAGAGAUUUUCUUUGGAAACACGGAUGUCUUGCGCAUGACGCUGGAAACUGACAUGUACGCAUUUGCUUGUGUGCUAUACGAGAUUUAUACCGGAAACAUUCCUUUCCAAGGAGAGGAACUAAUCAAGUGUCUGAGGGCAGGAAGGAGACCCUCGCUCGAAGGAUUGGAAAAACCCAUCACAAGACUUAUUGAAGCAUGCUGGCAAGACGAUGCAAGGCUACGCAUGAAAGCCCCCGACGCCGUCGACGCACUGAAGAAGAUGAAGAAGAUUCCAUUGCUUUCUAUGAUGGGACUUUGAACUUUGGCGUGAAGAUAGUUAUUUGUGUCAAGACCGGUGAAGACUCGAGGGUGAUCCAGGGUGAUUCAAAGGACAUUGUGGUAUAUAAUUAAUAGACAUUCUACGGUACUUUUAUUUUCUUACAUAUUUGAGGGGUUAGCCCUCCUUCAUACACCUCAGUCUCGUUGCUCGCGACUGAGGCGUGUAUUCUCUAUUCAUAGUGUACUACAUUACUUACUUAGUUGCCUCUCAGGCUCGUGUCUUACAUAGGUUUGUAAAUAUUAGUCUCCUUAUCCGCGAUCGAA